AUGGUUGAACCUGAGAGUCCGCAGAUUUCAACCAGCGCUGAAGCUCCGGUUUCUGCAACGUUAUCUAUUGAUGACGGUGAUUCAACAUGCAAAGGAACACCAACAUCAGACAAUUGUAUCGCGAUUGGCUCGCCCAACAAUCUUGCAACUUCAUCUGCUCAGGAGGAGAGAGCAUUGAGGCCCAGACUCAUUGUACUGAGCGCGGAUAGCCAGGAGGAUUGCCGGAAGCUGAUUGUGAGAGUCGCACGCUAUGCCAUGGCGCAAGACAAAUCGGUCGAUCCCGAUAUUCUGCUCGACCAGCUGUCGUGGAGAUUAACCCGGAGGCCGAUAUUUGAUUAUCGGGCGGCAUUUCUGGCGUAUGGAUUGGACGAUAUGGUGGGACAGCUCCGGACACUGGAACAAGAGCCCAUCAUUCGGCGAGAAAGAAAAAGCUCCCCUCGACUGGCAUUUAUUUUCAGCGGCCAAGGUGGACAAUAUCCGCAAAUGGGACGCGAGUUGCUUGAUGCCUGUCCUGUAUACGCGAAGUCAAUCGCUCGCGCAUCUCAACAUCUGGCUGCAAUCGGUUGUCCAUGGGACCUGGUGACCGAACUCACUAAGCAUCCUGAAACUUCACGGAUUGACGAGCCGGAAAUUUCCUAUCCGUUGACAAUAGCUGUCCAGCUUGCCCUUGCAGACACUUUUGCUGAGAUUGGAGUAGCUCCAUCUUUUGUUUUGGGACACUCUAGUGGUGAACUGGCGGCUGCUUACUGCGCAAAGGCAAUCUCAUUUGAAGAGGCAGUGACAGUGUCGUACCAUAGUGGCCACCUCACCAGUGCCCUAAAAGGAAAAGGUGGAGGACUCUCUGGCAGUAUGCUAGCAGUUGGUGCUUCGUACGAAAUGAUCACUGCUUUGAUUCACACUGCAUCAGAUGCAGCCACUACUGCUGGAAUUAAAAUAGCCUGCACCAAUAGUCCUUUGAGCGUCACGGUUUCUGGCGACGAUAGUGCAAUUUCACGCCUACAGGAGAUCUUGGAGACCAGGGGAAUAUUCAAUCAAAAGCUUCACACUGGCACUGCCGCGUAUCAUUCGCAUCAAAUGGCUGAGAUUGCGCCCGAGCUCUCACAGAAUCUGGAGAGCCUCAAGGGCGCUCGUGCUGAUCCCUCCGUCGUAAUGGUCUCAUCGUCGACAGGGAGUGAGACUGGAGGAACAAUUCUUGGCGCGGAGUACUGGGUGAAAAGCCUGGUUUCGCCAGUGCAGUUCAUGGAAGCAACCAAGACAUUGUGCCAAACCAGCUCAGGUUCAAAGCGAGUUGAUUUUCUCUUGGAGAUCGGGCCACAUUCGCAACUCGACAAACCCAUCAAGGAAACUCUUCAGACGGUUCUUGGUGAUGCCAAUAGCAUUGCUUACACCUGCACCUUGAGACGAGGAUUUGAUGCCCAGGCUCGUCUGCUUGAUACGCUCAGAGUACUGUUCCUUGAAGGGGUUUCCGUAAAUCCACAGCUGGCGAUUCCUCCAGUCGACUGGGAUGUCUUUGCAAGCGUGCCCGACUGGGGAUUUGAUUAUCUAACUUCUUCAGGUGAGGGGAAAAUCGACUCUUUGGAAGUAGCCAAGGGCCAGUUUCCAGCACGCGGGGUCCUGUCAAAGAACUGGCGUCUGCAGCCUGACCGAAUAUGGAGAAGAUUCAAUCAUUCUCAGACUAGCACUGUGAAGAAACAAGCACCGAAAACAGAAAAUGAGAAGAUUCUGCACCGCAUAAUAUGCGAGGAAUUGGAUUUUCAGAAUAACCUGAUAGGUAAUGAGGACAGCUUCUUCCAACUUGGAGGCGACUCUGUCCUCGCUGUGCGUAUCUCGUCAGCAGCAAGGCGCGCCGGAUUGCUCCUCUCAGUGUCCACAAUCCUUGGCCAUGCAAGAUUGGUUGACAUGGCACAGGCAGCUGAACCCCUCGUUGAACAAGAAGAUAUCGGCAUCAAACCAUUCUCACUGCUCAGCGUUGAAAUCUCAGACUUAUUGGCUGAAAUAUCUCGCGACUGGGCGGUGAAAGCCUCAGAGAUCGAAGACAUUUAUCCAUGCACACCACUGCAGGAAGGCCUCAUGGUGAUCACCCAAAUCGACCCACAUACUUACACUCAUCAGACGGUUUAUACCCUCUCCCCAGCCAUCGACGUUGCAAGGUUUUGCAAGGCUUGGGAACAAACCGUGAAGAGUACCCCAAUCCUCCGUACAACGAUUGUUCCAACGCAAUCCGCGGGGACCUGUCAGAUUGUAACGACACGAGGAAUCGAAUGGCAAUUUCCCUCCAAUUUGCAGGAAUACUUGAAGUCAGAUUUGGCAAAGGGCGCUGCCUAUGGAAGUCCUCUUGCGCGAUAUGCACUUUCUGAGAUUCACGAUGGAUCAACAAAAUUCAUUUGGACUGCCCACCAUGCCCUCUAUGACGGAUGGUCGCUACCUAUGAUUUGGAAAAGAGUUGAAGCAAUCUAUCACUCCGAUGAUCAUAUCACCAUCAGUCCGCCGCUAGCAGUUCCAUUCAACCGCUUCAUUCGUCACAUACAGACUGGGGACCAUGAAUUGGUAGACGAUUUCUGGCGGACACAGUUGUCAGGCUCUAUGCCGUCCAAAUUUCCCCAGCUACCCUCUGUAGGCUACCGGCCCCAGGUGAACGAGGUUUUCGCACAUGAGUGUAACAUCUCCAGUCUCGAUGGGACUGGGGUCACUCAGUCCACGGUCAUCCGGGCGGCAUGGGCGAUAUUGAUGAACGAAUACCAUGAGGGCUGCAAUGAUAUUGUCUAUGGGUUGACCACAAGUGGAAGAAACGCCGAUGUGCCCGGAAUAGGUGACAUGGUGGCUCCCACUAUCACCACUGUGCCGUUUCGCGUGCGGAUAAAUGUCGACGAACGCGUAGACGCGUUCCUUCACAGACUGCAGGUUCAGGGAAUCAACAUGAUCCCGUUCGAACAGGCUGGAUUGCAAAACAUUUCAGAGCUCAACUCCGAUUGCCGCCUUGCCUGUGAAUUCCAACACAUCCUUGUUAUUCAACCAGGGCAGAGGGAGGACACUGCCAAAAUCUUCCCUGGAAUCACAUCAAUCCAGGCGACUGAACUUCAUGCCUACGCCUUUAGUGUGCAAUGUAUACUGCAUGUCGAUAAAACCACCAUUCAAAUUGAGUUUGAUAAUUCUCUGAUCAGCACAUUCCAGGUUGAACAUAUUUGCAGCCAGUUCGAAAAUAUCCUGAACCAGCUCACUCUCGACGGAUCACGAACAGUUGGAGCUAUACAAGCAAUCAGUGAGCUCGACCUGAAUCAGGUGUUGAAAUGGAAUUCCGGAUUUCCCAAGAUAGAGACACGGUCUGUGACUGCACUCAUCCAGGCCCAAAUGCAUGCACAACCACACGCUCCAGCUAUCUGUUCUUGGGAUGGCAACUUUACAUAUCAGCAACUUGAUAGGCUAUCCAACCGUCUCGCUCAUCAUCUAAUUGAUUUCAAUGUUGGGCCGGAAGUCUUUGUGCUGUACUGCUUUCCGAAAUCCGCCAUGACCAUUAUUUCAAUGCUGGCUAUCAUCAAGGCUGGUGGUGCUGGUGUGCCAUUAGACCCCGAAUACCCCAAUGAGAGAACGAAGGGGAUUGCUGAGGAUGCUCGUGCAACAAUCGUCAUUACCAGCCCAGAGCUGAGUGCCAGGUUCGAAGGGAUUGUAUCUACGGUCGUAUCCUUGAGCCAGGACUUCCUCGACCGCACAAGCCGCGAAGAUCCAGUUACGCCUCAUCGAGCCCAGCCUUGCAACGCACUUUAUAUCCCCUUCACCUCCGGAAGUACUGGAAAGCCAAAGGGUAUUGUCAUUGAACACAGCAUGUUUGCUUCCAGUGCAGUGGCUCAUGGCGAGCUCCUUGGAAUCGGCUCGCAGUCGAGAGUAUUCCAGUUUGCUGCCUAUACAUUUGAUGUGAACUUCGCAGAUAUCCUCACCUCACUGAUUCGAGGGGCUUGCAUCUGCAUUCCAUCUGAUAUGGAAAGAAUGAAUGACAUAGUUGGAGCAAUCAACCGAACGAGGGCAAACUCUGCAGUGUUAACUCCGACCGUCGCGGCCAUGUUUACCCCAGGACAGGUUCCAACCUUGAAAACGCUUAUACUUGGUGGGGAGCCCUUGACCCGGGAGAACGUUCGAACAUGGGCAGAUCAUGUCAAUUUGUGGAACACCUACGGACCAGCCGAAUGCUGCGUGUACUGUACCGCGUAUCCUCUUCGCACUCCAGACAGUGAUCCAGCCGUGUUGGGCCAUGCCCUUGGAUCGGUCAACUGGGUGGUCAACCCAUUGGACCACAGCCAGCUUAGCGCUGUUGGGUGUGUUGGCGAGUUGGUGGUUCAGGGUCCAAUGGUCUCUCGUGGCUAUCUCAAUGAUCCCGAGAAGACCAACGCUGCAUUCAUUGAAAGUCCACCGUGGCUACCGAUCGAUUCCCCAAAGGAGCAUCAGAGGGUCUAUAAGACCGGGGAUCUUGUGAGAUACAAUGCAGAUGGAACCAUCACCUUCGUCGGACGGAAAGAUACUCAAGUGAAGGUUCAUGGUCAAAGAGUUGAACUUGGAGAAAUCGAGGCUCAUCUAUCCUAUAACUCCCAGAUCAAGCAUGCACUCCUCGUUGUCCCUAGCACAGGGCCCUACAUUGGGAGACUCGUCUGUGUGCUUUCGCUUGACGAUACAUUGAUAAUGGUCGCAAGUAGAAACGUAGACGAGAUUGAACUGAUUGACAGUUCCCAGAAGGACACCGCUGCCAAGAUAGUCGCAAUCAGUCGCGACUAUCUAGGCGAGAAGCUGCCUCGAUACAUGAUCCCUUCUGCAUGGGUAGUUUUAAAGGCUAUCCCUCUGAAUGCGUCCCGGAAAAUGAACCGAAAUGUUCUAAAGAAUUGGGUGGAGGCAAUUGAUGAAACCACAUAUCGCUCUAUCGCGGAUGUGUCGAAUGCAAAAGCCACAAGACAACCCACGACACAGCUAGAGAAGCAAAUACGCGACGCAGUCAGUGUAGUACUCGCGUUGCCAAAGGGCUCGAUUGGAUUGGAACAUUCGUUUUUGGGUCUCGGCGGAGAUUCCAUUUCCGCGAUGCAACUCAUGUCGCGUCUUCGCACUAUGAGCAUUCGGCUCAGCGUACAGGAUAUAUUGCGAUAUCGCACUGUCGAGGCUCUGGCAGGGCACGCACAUGUAGCGGAUGAGUCGAUCAAUGAUGCGCUGGUUGUUGAAGAAAUUGACGACUGGGUCGAUCUCGCACCGAUCCAAAAGAUGUUCUUCGAGAAGCAGCCCAAUGGGCAAAACCAUUUCAAUCAGAGCUUUGCACUCAAACUUUCAAGGAAUAUCCCAGACAAUAGAAUCGAACAAGCCAUUCGAACUCUGGUUGACCGACAUGCCAUGCUUCGCUGCCGUUACGGAAAACCCGAUGGCAUUUGGCGACAGAAAGUCACAUUUGAUGCAUCUGGAUCAUUUAUCCUACUGCCUUCACAACGAAUGAGUUAUGAUGAAAUGGCAGCGACUUUCCGCGACAUACAGACUCAGCUGGAUGUGGAGAAAGGGCCAACUCUUGCCGGGAUAACGUGUUAUGUCCAAGACGCUCGAUACCUCUUCUUGACUAUACACCAUUUGGUAGUUGAUCUCGUUUCAUGGCGUGUUAUAUUGGAGGAACUGGAGGAAUUGUUGGUCUCCGGGGCACUUCAGUCAGAGCCCAGCAUAGACUUUCGAAACUGGGUCAGGUUACAGGCUCAAUAUGCUUCCCACAACCUGUCAUCAGAGGAUGUACUCAGGGCUGAUACUCCGAGCCCCGAUUUUGGCUACUGGGGAAUGUUGGAGCAUCCAAAUAUUGUGGGAGAUACUAUCGAAACAUCCUUUCUCCUUGACAAGGAAAGAACGGCCCUUUUGCUGGGAGAAAGUCAGGAGGUCUUGGGGACUCAACCGGUGGAAGUGAUGGUGGCAGCGCUCGUUCAUUCAUUCCGCCAUGUCUUCCCCGAUCGGCAGGUUCCAGCGAUAUUCAUGGAAGGCCAUGGUCGCGAGUCCUGGGACCCAACUAUUGAUAUCACCCGCACAGUAGGAUGGUUCACCACGAUUUACCCGGUCAGUGUGGACCUGGGAAGCGGUGACGAAUGGUUCGAGACGGUGAAGAGGACAAGGGAUGCUCGGCGACAGCUGCCUCGUAAUGGCUGGUCAUAUUUCACUGCCAGGCAGCUCAAUCAUGAAGGAGCGCAGUCAGUCGAUAGCUCUGAAAUGGAGGUCCUAUUCAACUACGUCGGGUUGUAUCAGAUGCUCCAGAGGCCGGACUCACUGUUUCAACCAUCCGGAAUUUCUGGACAAGAACUUCAGGAUUUUAGCUCCACGAUGGAACGCUAUGCCUUGUUCGAUAUCUCGGCCGCUGGUGAGAAUGAUUGUCUGCGCUUCACCUUCACGGUCAACAAGUAUAUGCAGCAUCAGUCCGAUAUUCAGGAAUGGGUGAGGGAGUGCCACCGUGUUUUGACGGAAGGCAUCGAUCAGCUCAUGGAACGACCCAACGUCGCAACUUUGGGAGACUUUGACAGGCUGAUGGACACACCUUCGGGUAUCCGCAGAUUAACUGAGGAAAUCUUGCCUGCAAUUAGCGUUUCAGGUGUUGAUCAGGUGGAAAGCAUCUCGCCCUGCUCACCAAUGCAGCUGGGAAUCUUGUUGGGCCAACUGAAGUCCCAUGGUGCCUACGAGUUGUACACUAUUCAGGAGGCAAUUGGCGGCGGAAAGGGCGACGAUGAUGCUGCAAGAAUUCUGACUGCCUGGCAACAAGUCGUAGACCAUCAUGCGGCUUUGAGAACGGUCUUCAUUCGGAGCAGUGAAUCUGACACGCUAUGGGGCCAACUGGUGUUGAGGUACAUGCAAGCACCCGUUCGAAUGAUAGCCAGCGAGGAUCCGAUCGCGGCUCUCGAAAGGACUGAGCCGAUGAGGGCUGCUGAUGGAGUCCCUAUGCACCGGUUCACCUUAUGCCAUGGAGCGAACGGGCAGUUAUUCUUCAAGCUUGAAUUCAGCCAUGCUCUGGUUGAUGGGACAUCCGUACAGAUUAUCUUACGGGAUAUCAAACGUGCAUUCAGCGGGCAAUUCAGCAAAGCCUCGGCAGCGCUGCCUUAUAGUGAAUAUGUGACAUUCCUUCGGCAGCAACGGAAGCGAACAUGCCUGGAGUAUUGGAAGGCAUAUCUACACAGCGUCCAGCCAUGCCAUUUCCCCAUUCUUGAUGAUGGCCGUCCCCAGACCCACCAGUGGAAGACCAUCAAAGUCGAAUUGCCGGAAGUGACCAACACUGCCAUACGCCAAUUCUCAGACACUUACGGCAUGACUCUCGCAAAUGUUGUGCAAGCUGCUUGGGCGCUGGUUCUCCGGACUUUUACAAGCAGUAACAGUGUCUGUUAUGGUUAUCUGACGUCUGGUCGUGACGCUCCACUUGCGAACAUUGAGGAUGCAGUAGGACCGUUUAUCAACAUGCUGGUUUCCCGAGUGGAAUUCGACAACUCGACCUCUGCCCUAAAUUAUCUGCAGACCAUUCAGGACGACUACUUGCGAGGAAUGGCUCAACAAUAUGUAUCUUUAGGUGAGAUGCAACACGCUAUUGGGAUGUCGGGCCAACCUCUCUUCAAUACCGCCAUUUCCUUCCAGAGGCGCUCCGCACCAAGCGAUUCGAGCGAACUUUCCUUGAUUUCUGUUGGCGAAUAUGAUCCAUCCGAGUUUGAUAUCGCAGUCAACGUGCUAAUGGGCCCUGACGGAACGGAGGUGCAUCUUACUCACCAGAGCUCCAAAAUCUCAAGUGGACAGGCCACCAACAUCGCCAGCGUAUACACGACCAUCAUUUCCUCGCUUUUGGAAGCCCCAAAGACACUGGUAUCAGACUUGAAUCUGAUGAGUACUCACAGCAAAAGCCAACUGCAACAGUGGACUGCUAAUAUCCCAUCUACGAUCAAUUCUUGUAUGCAUCAUGUGAUAUCACAACAAGCGCGCAAGACACCACAUGCCCCUGCACUUCACUCCUGGGAAGCUGACUACACCUACGCUGAACUGGACAAUGUCUCAACCCGGCUGGCGCAACAUUGGUCUGCUUACGGCAUCAAACCAGAUGAAUGCAUUCCGCUAUGUUUUGAGAAGUCCUUAUAUACUGCCAUUGCCUUGUUAGCUGUACUCAAAGCUGGCGGUGCUUUUGUGCUUCUUGAUCCCAACCACCCACCUGACCGCCUCAAGGGGCUAUUAAAUGAUCUAGAUGCGAGAUUCAUUAUCGCUUCCCCGAAGACUGUUGAAUACUGUGGAACUUUGAUUGAGACAGUGCUUGUCGUGUCACCGUCAAUUCUUGAUUCCUUACCAGAGGGUGGUGACACCGCAAUCUCAACAACUGUCACCCCCCAAAAUAUCAUGUAUGUCCAGUUUACCUCUGGAUCUACCGGCAAGCCUAAGGGUGUAAUUGUCGAGCACUCUGCUGCGUGUUCCUCCGUUCAUUACCACGGGACGGUGAUGGGAUUCGGCACCAGUUCUCGCACAUUCCAGUUCUCCUCAUACACAUUCGACGCAGUCAUUCUCGAAAUUUUCACGACACUGUAUCAUGGCGGUUGCGUUUGCAUACCUUCAGACGAUGACCGAAUGAGCCACAUGGGGGAAGCCAUACGGCAGAUGAAAGCCAAUAUCAUGUUUAUGACCCCAACCCUCGCCCAGUUGUUUGAACCAGAGGAUGUGCCCACUCUGAAGACUCUGAUGGUUGGCGGAGAGCUUAUCAGCACUAAUACCACCGAUAUCUGGGCGAAGAAAGUGAAUCUACUCGGGGGAUAUGGUCCAGCUGAGUGUACUGUCUUUGCAGCCUACAAUCCACUGAGCGCCAACGACUUCCGGCCAGAAGUUAUUGGAUACCCUGUCGGCUCAGUCGCCUGGCUCGUGGACCCCUGGAAUGACAACAGGUUAGUCCCAGUUGGCGCUGUGGGAGAACUCAUUGUCCAAGGCCCGAUCGUUGGGCGCGGCUACAUUCAUGACCCACAGCGCACAGAGGCAAGUUUCCUAUCGAAUCCCGUCUGGUUGUCGGAAUACAAUGGCAGCCAGCAGCACCGACUUUACAAGACGGGCGAUCUUGCUCGCUACAAUUCAGAUGGGACACUCACCAUUCUCGGACGAAAGGAUACACAGUUCAAGCUCAAUGGACAACGCAUUGAAGUCACUGAGAUUGAACACCACAUCAAUGCCCACUUCCCACAGGUACUGCAAGUUGCCGCUGAUGCCGUAGUCCCACUCCAUGUUGGUGGGCGGCCAUUGCUUUCGGUCUUCAUCAAUCUGCAGGGUAUGAGCAGCCAGGCCAAAGAUGCAGCUGACAUUCUCUUACCGAUGACCGACAGCUGUCGCGCGACAAUGUUUGAGAUUGAAACCCUUUUGGCGAAGACUAUGCCGCCCUACAUGAUUCCCCGCUUGUGGUUUCCAAUUUCCCGGAUGCCGUUGUCCACGUCUGGAAAGACAGAGCGCAAGGUGUUGAGAGAGUUGGGUGCUUCGCUCUCAGAGACACAAGUGGAACAGUAUGCAUUGGGCAGUGGAGCCAAGCGAGAGCCCUCAACUGAGAUGGAACGCAAACUGAGCAAGCUCUGGAAGCGUGUACUCAAUGUGUCCAAGGUCGGCCUAGAAGACAGCUUCUUCCGACUUGGGGGUGAUUCCAUCACAGCCAUGCAACUCGCAUCCACGGCUCACAAAGCAGGAAUUCAACUUCCAGUGGCUGACAUCUUCCAAAAUCCCCACUUGAUUGACAUGGCCGCCAUCAUAUCCAACUUGCAGACAACAAACCAAAUGGUCGAGGUUGGUGUUGCCGAGCCGUUCAGUCUUUUGAGGCCGGGAACGAAUGUCGAGCAAUUCGUGAAGUCUGCUGCGGAAAAAGCCAACAUCAAAUCCCACUGGGUUCAGGAUCUCUACCCUUGCACGCCGUUGCAAGAGGGCAUGAUGGCGUUGACAACCCGGGAUGCUGGAUCAUACGGCUGGCAGGAUGUCCUCGCACUUCCUCCGUCCAUGGAUUUAGAUCGCUUCCGUUCGGCGUGGCAAACAGUAGUUGAUGAGCUAGGAAUAAUGCGGACACGGCUGGUUCAAAUGGAUCAUCACGGUACCUACCAGCUUGUCAUUCAACCGAAGAACAGCCCUAUCGCUUGGCGGUACGGCGAGUCGCUGGAAGAGUACCUCCGCCAGGACAAAAAAGAGCCGUUUGGAUAUGGGACACCUUUGUAUCGGUUUGGCAUCGUGCAUCAAGAGUCCAAAACGUAUUCUGUUUCCAGCGCGCACCACACCAUUUUGGAUCGCUGGUCAAUAUCUCUGAUGAUGGACCGCCUCUCAUAUCACUAUUUGGCACAAAACGCACCUCCAACCCCGCCGUUCAACGCAUUCAUCAAAUGGAUGUGCUCUCUUGAUCCAGAAGUUUCCGACCAGUAUUGGAAGUCACGCUUCGCUGGGUUGGCUGCCGUGGAUUUCCCUCGCGUUAUGCCAGGCCAUCGUGCGCGAGCAACAGCAGUGGCAAAGCACUCUGUCCCUACGUCGUCUAUAAAGACUUCAGCCAACAUCACCAUUUCGACACUUCUCAGAGCAGCAUGGGCAGUCACCAUUAGUCAACACACCGGCUCAGAAGAUGUGGUGUUCGGGAUGACGCAGACCGGUCGCAAUGCUUCCGUGAUAGGCAUCACGGAUAUUGUGGCACCGCUUAUCACGGUCGUACCUUUCAAAGCUGUGGUUGGCAAGCAGGUGUCGGUCGCCGAGUUUCUGCAGGGAAUCCACCAAGACACAGUUUCUAUGAUUCCCCAUGAGCAUGCGGGUCUCCAACAUAUUGCCCAGCUCAAUCAGGACUGUCAGGCGGCCUGUAAGUUUCAGAAUCUGCUCGUGAUCCAGUCCCAACAGCACCAGCAGAAGGCAAAGCUCCCCCUGGGCCUUGAGCGCCUGGACGUGGUUGAGAAUGAUGUUUUGGCUUAUGGAAUUGUCUUGGUGUGCGACCUCACUGAGAGUGCAGUUACCAUCCAAGCUGCGUUUGACCCAGAGGUGAUCUCGUCAACCAAGGUGCACACCCUGUUGGCGCAGUGCGGUCACUUCUUCCAGCAGCUCAACAAUUCUCAGUCCGCUCCCUUGCUUCUUAAAGAUCUCUCGCUCGUUGGGGAGCAUGAUAUGCAGCAGCUGAUGGUCUGGAAUCGACCACUUAGCGCUGAGCGGGUCGACAAAUGUGCACAUGAGUUAAUCCAAGCGCGUGUAACGGGCCAGCCUGGGUUAUUGGCCGUUGACGCUGCAGAAGGCCAAUUCACGUAUGCUGAACUGGACGAUAUUUCCACUAGACUCGCUCACCACCUUCGAGAUUCUCGUGGAGUCGGUCCCGAAACAAUCAUUCCUCUUUUCUUCCAUAAGUCAGCUUGGGCUGUGGUUUCCAUUCUCGCCGUGAUGAAGUCUGGUGCCGCUUUUGUCUUCCUAGAUCCCGCUCAUCCGGUCGAUCGGUUGAUGUUUAUCGCACAGCAAGUCAAGGCGACGUCCAUUAUCACGACUCCAGAAUUCUCACCCAUAUGGGAGUCGACUGCCCUGAAGCCGCUGGUGCUCACAAAGAGUUUUCUGGACGGACUUCCUAUUCGAAAGCAGCUACCUGUGACCGGUGUGAGGCCACACAAUGUCCUUUAUGUGAUAUUUACCUCUGGUAGUACUGGAACACCCAAAGGCUGUGUGGUCGAACAUGCAUCUUUCCUGAGCGGUGCUGUCCAGCACGCUCGACGAAGCAAGUUAACUAUUGGCACUCGGAUCCUCCAGAUGGCACCAUAUACCUUUGAUGUCAGUAUUCUGGAGACACUGACGGGGUUAUUGUCCGGUGCUUGUCUCUGCCUACCUAGGCCAGAACAUCAGAAUGCUCCUGUUUCCCAGAUCAUUCAGGAGUUGAAAAUCACAUGGAGUUUCUUGACACCUUCCGUCGCCCGAACAAUCAAACCCAAAGACUGCCCUAGUCUUGAAACUCUCGUUCUCGGUGGAGAGUCACUAUCGCGCGUGGACAUAGAGACUUGGGCGGACCAGGUCCAUUUAUGCAAUGGCUACGGCCCCAGUGAAUGCUCAGUUGCUGCUACAGCCAACACAUGUAUCACUGUGGAGACUGAUCCGGCCAACAUCGGCAGCACGAUGUGCUGCAACGCCUGGGUGGUCGACUCAGAGGACCCGAACGUUCUGUUGCCGAUAGGUGCAAUUGGAGAGCUCCUCAUUCAAGGUCCAAUUGUCGCUCGAGGAUACCUAAAUGAGCCGGAGAAAACCAAGGCCGUCUUCAUUGACACGCCUGCCUGGCUGGAUCGUUUGGAUUCACCCAUGAUGGUGGAGGAUCGUCUGUAUCUGACAGGAGACUUGGUUCGAUAUAAUGAUGAUGGCACUGUGCAUUUCGUCGGUCGCAAAGAUACCCAGGUCAAGCUCCGUGGGCAGCGAAUUGAGCUAGGCGACAUUGAACAUCACACCUCUUCUCAUCCGUCAGUCAGACAUGCCGCGGUUGAACUUCCGAAGGCCGGCAGAUAUCGGGACAGCUUAGUGGCUGUGUUAUCAUUACGCGACAUAGCCCUACACUCGUCUGAUGUGCCGACCGAUAAGGAAGAGCUUGCGCCAGUCUUUGGCGAUCAACUUGAUGCAGUCCGCAAGUCCAUCUCAGAUAUACGGACAUAUCUGGAGCAACGGCUGCCUCCGUAUAUGGUACCGAGCUCUUUCUUUGUGCUCAAGAAUAUUCCGCUCUUGGGAUCAGGCAAAAUCAAUCGUCCCAAGAUAAAGGCCUGGCUAGGUACCAUGAGCACCGACGUUCAGGAGCAGGUCGCUGCCCAAGCGUCCUUGUCGGCAACUCAUACCGCACCUUUGAUUGCUCACGAUCAGAUGACUGCUCUCGCUAUCAGCGAUCGGAUUACGCAGCUUCUCGCAAAAGACGACGAGGAAUAUGGGAUGACCAUUCGCAACCGAGACAUCGCCCUGGCACCUGCAGGCUUGAACUCCAUUUCCGCCGUCUCUCUUGCGGCGUAUAUCAAGAACGAAUUCAGCGUUCAGCUUUCGAUCGAUGGCUUGUUAGAGGCAUCGAUGACCGUCUGUGGUGUCGCACGCAUGAUUGAUAAUUCCAGGUGCGACCCUGCCGCGACCAAUACGUCGUCUUCGUUAAAUUUGUCUUCGAAGAUUGAAAAGGCAAUUGCAGACUUUUAUGAAAAGGCCGCGUGCGGACCACUGCAAAUUCCUCAGUCAGCCAGGUCACAACACCCUGAGACGAUCUUGUUGACCGGUGCGACUGGGUUCCUCGGGAGUCAGAUACUCAGACAACUGUUAGAGUUAUCGCAAAUCAAACGCGUAAUUACCCUGGUACGUGCUCCUGACCACGACCAAGCCAGAUCCAGGGUGAUUGAAUCGGCUCGGAAGAGCAAAUGGUGGCACGAUACCUAUUCCGAUCGUCUUGAGAUCUGGGUGGGCGACUUGUCACAAUCGGACCUAGGAUUAGAUGCUGCUCGAUGGCAAUGCAUUGAGGCUCGGUCACAGUCGUCUUCUCCGAUCGACGCGAUUAUUCACAAUGGAGCAAUCGUCCACUGGGGCUUCGACUAUCAAGGGCUUGAGGCUGUCAACGUCACUAGCACAAUAUCUCUCCUGGCUUCUCUCACCCGGUCGCCGAGACCACCGCGUUUCACGUUCAUCUCGGGCGGUCAGGUAUUUUUCGGAGACGAUAAAAACCGCGAUGAAGUCGAGGCGUUCGCUCGGAUGAUGAGGACCGCCGGUGGAUAUGCGCAAACCAAGUACGUAGCCGAACAGCUAGUCAAGGAGUUCGCCCAGAGAUACACCACACCGAUUGCGACAAUUGUGAAGCCAGGGUUGAUCGUCGGAACCGUCGAUUCUGGAGUGUCAAAUACGGAUGACUUUUUGUGGCGCGUUGUGGCUAGCGUGAUUGAGAUUGGGGCAUUCAACAACACAGGAUUGGACGGCCUCAUCCUCGUUUCCGGUGCCCACCAGGUUGCUUCCGCCAUUCUAAGGGAUGUUCUCAACCCUCAUCCCCAGGGCCAUACUGUGGAAACUACCAUUCGGUGUGGUGUCCACGUCGGGGAGCUAUGGGAGAUGUUGCGCGAUGAAUUCGGUUACCAACUGGAACCCAUCGACGCCGCGGAAUGGUUGGGCCGGUUAAGAGCACAAUUGAAAGCGCGUGGUGAGAAGCAUCGUUUGUGGCCAGUUUUCCAUUUGCUGGAAGCCACUGGCGGGCGCUUGGGUGUCCCUAUGCCGGCCCAUCUGCGGCAGGACGAGCAUAAGGAUGAGGUCCGAGCUUCUCUCCGGAAAAGCAUUUCCUAUUUGAGGAAAAUCGGGUACUUAUCAGGAGCCAAGACUGUCAAUGGAGGGUCUUCCUUGCCAAAGGAACCUGUCUUUGCACGCUCAGGUGGCAGAGUCCGGAUAUGA